AUGACAGAAGACUGGUAUAAGGCUCUAGACAAUAAGAAGAUAUGUGGAGCGGCCUACAUUCUGCUGCGGCCUCAGAGUGGGGUCAGUAGCUUAAUUAGCUGUCAUUUUGCAGGCCUUCCAAAUGUGAUAGGAUGCAUAGAUGGGACACAAAUCCCUAUUACUGCGCCUACACAAAAUGAAGGGGACUAUGUGAAUCGAAAAUCCUUUCACAGCAUCAAUGUCCAGAUCAUAUGUGAUGCAGCUUCUCUUAUUAAAAAUGUAGAAGCCAAGUGGCCUGGCUCAGUUCAUGAUUCCCGGAUCUACCGGGAGUGUAGUCUGAGCAACAGAUUUGCACGUGGAGAGUUUGAUGGCUACCUACUGGGGGAUCGAGGCUAUCCAUGCCAGCCCUCUCUGUUGACCCCUUACCCUGACCCUGAGCCGGGGCCCCAACAACGUUUUAAUGUGGCCCACUGCAGGACUAGAGCCCGGGUUGAGAUGACCAUAGGCAUACUCAAAUCCCGGUUCCAGUGCCUGCGUAAGCUUGGGGUCACCCCAGAGAGGGCAUGUGACAUCAUUGUUGUUCUCCAUAAUAUUGCAAUUAUUAGAGGAGAGCAACACCCUGCCGUACAAAUCAACAACGCUGAGGAUGACCAUCCCAUCCCUGCAGAUGUUAAGGAUGGAAGGGCUGUAAGGGACCUCAUCGCCCGAAACCACUUUUGAUUAAGAAUAAAAGACAAAUUCAUGA